AUGCAGUCGACGAUAAUGGGCCCUCUGAUUCGUCAGGGACGCGAAAGGUACGCGACAUGGCUCCGGGAGGUGGACGGGAGCGCGUCUAUUGUUGACGACCAGUCGUUUCGUGGUCUGGAUAUAAGUCUAAGCGCUGCCACACGCUCGAUCCCCGGUCUGCCCAUCUGA